AUGCUAAUAUUAAAUUUAAACACUCAUAUAAAAAAUUCUUCAUUUAUUAUUGUUACAUAUAUAAAUUACUUAAGCAAUUUGAUAAAAUUAUUAAAAAAAUUUUCUAAAAUAGAAAAACAAAAAAGAAAAUUUCUUAAUAAAAUAAGAAUUAGUGGUAAUAAAUAUAUAUUAAACUAUACUAAUUAUAAAAAUGAAAAAAGGAAGGAAGAAAAAUGGGAGAAAAAUAAUAUAGAAAGAGAGUUAAGUAAUAAAAAUAAAUUUAUAAUUAUAGUAUUAAAUGAAAUUUUAAAGCAAAUAGAAAUUUUUAAAAACUCCAAAAAAUUAAUUAAAUAUUAUUCCAAAUGUAUAAAAAAACUAAAAAAAUAUAGAUACAAAAUUAAAUUAAAAAAAAUAUUUAUUGAAAAUAUUUUGAGAGAUGUAAACAAAGAAUUUGAAACAUACAUAUAUGAUGUACAAUAUAUCCACUUUAAAAUAAAUAAAAUAAAGAUUAAUGAAAAAAAUCAAGAGGAAAUUUAUCACAAUAGAGAAAAUAAUUAUAUAAAUUGUAAAUCUAUAGGAGAUGUGUAUACAUUUUUAUUAUAUAAUUUUAAAAUAAAAAUUGAAGCAAUUCUAAAUUAUAUUUACAAUUUUUGUAAAAAUAUAAAUGAUUCAAUUAAUAAAAUUCUUAGAAAUAUUUGUUCAACUUUAAUUAAUCAAAAUGAUACCUUUUUUAUAAAUCUAAAAAAUAGAAAAAUGUAUUUAAAAGAAAAUAUAAAUAUAGUAUUCUUAGAGGAAAAUAGAUUAGCAAUGAGAGAUAUUGCAACUUCUGAAAAAUAUAAAAAUUUAUUUAAUAAAAAUUACAUAAAUGAAGAUAUAAAUAAAUUAUUAUUUCAUUUAAAUGAGUUAAAUAAUGAGAAUGAAAAUAAAAAAUAUAAAGUAAAUAAUUUUAAUUUAAGAAAUAACAAUAAAAAUGUAACAAAUAAUAGUUUAAAUGGUAUCACAAAAAAUAAUGAAAAUGACGAUGUUAAUGUAAAUGAAAAUCAUUACAUAAAAAAUGAAAAAAACAAAAUAAAAAAAGAAAUUCCUUAUAUAAAAAAUAUAGAUAAGGAAAAUGAAAAUUUAAUAAAUGAAGAACAUAAAUAUAUUAUAUCCAAUGAUAAAUAUAUCAACAAUAUGAAAUAUAUUAAUAUAAAUAAUGAGAGAAAUUUAAAAAAUCAAAUGAAAUGUGUAAAUAUUAAAAGAAAUAAUUUUAAAAAAAUACACUUAAACAAAAAGGAAAUAAAAGAAUUAUCAAUUGAUAAUACUCCUAAUGAUAUAAUAUUAAUUAAUUUAGAUGGAAAAACAUCCUCUAUGAUUUAUAUUUUGAGAUUAUAUAAAAUAUUUAAAAGAAUUUUCAGAAUUAAUAAAAAACAAAUUUAUAUGUAUUCUGAAAACGCGGUUGCAAAUGAGGAUCCAAAAAUGUAUUAUCUUAUUAUUUAUCUUUUAAAUUAUUAUUCCAGAAUUGCUAAAUUAAAUAGUUUCUUUUACAAAUCUCUCAAAUCUAUUAUUUAUGAUUAUAGACUAUCAAAAGAUGAUGAUAAAAGAGAUUAUAGACUAUCAAAAGAUGAUGAUAAAAGAAGAUACUUUCUGAUUGAAAUGUAUUUGCUAUUCAAGUUUCAGAUUAAAAAUAUAAUCAAUAUUAUAAAAAAUUAUAAUGACGACUUAAAAAUUUUAUAUAAAUUCUUAUGUAAAAAUAAUUUCUUCUUUUUUUUUAUAUCAUAUUUAUCAAAAUUUUUAGGUUUAAAUAAAAAUAAUUUAAUUAAUUAUUUCUGUAUUUUUAAUAAUAUCAAAACAAAAAAUAUUAGUAGAAACCUAUCUAAUAAACCAAUUAUUUUAUAUAAAUGGAGAGAUCACAUAAAAAUAAGAACAAAAGUACUAUUCCAUUCUAUAUAUAAUACUAAUAAAAAUCUAGAAUUUAAUAUAAAAGAUAUUCUUCUAUUACCUUAUAAUAAUUUUUUUAACGAUCUAAUUGAAAAAAAUCACAAUGAAAAGGGUUUAAACCAAAAACUUAUAUUUGAAAUAAGCAAAAUUUAUUCAAAAUAUAGUUUCCAAUAUAUUGAAAAUGAAAUAAAAGAAUCUUUUGAAAUACAAUUAAAAAGGAAUUGCAUUUUCAAAAAUAACAACAUUUUAAAUAAAAUGAGUUUUUUAAAAAGCAAUGUUGACACAAAUAUUGUUUCCGCAAAUAUUUUAGAGAAUAAGCAUACAUUUGGAGAAAAUAACCACGAUUUACAUGUAAUAAAAAGAAACAGCAUUGCAUCUCUUACAAAUGAAUCAAAUAUAGAAGAUAACUUAAAUGAUGAUAAAUAUAUGAAUAUAAAAAAACACAUGAAAAGAGCUCGUAAAAGCAUGCGUGAUAAUCUAUCAGAUACCUUUUAUGGUUCCGAGUUAUUAAGCGAAGAAAAUUUUUCUAAAAUUUCAUCAAAAUUAGAAAAAAGGUUAGAAAUAGAUAGAAAUAUGACUGUUUCUGAUUGCAAGGUUAAUAAAAAAAGUGUUUUAGAAUUACAAGAAUAUGUGAAAGAAGAUGAUGAAAGUACGGAAUUAUCUGAUGAUAUAUCUUCUUUUGAUAAUCUAGAUGACGAUAUUUUAAGUAUGAUAAAAAAAAAGUAUUAUGAAAAAAAGAAAAAAAAAUCAAAAAUUAAAAGAAGUGAAUAUAUGUUAGAAGUUAAUGAAGCUCCGGAAAAAAUAUCAGAACAAACGUAUCAGAAAAAAAGGAUUGAAAGUAUAGAAAGAAGUAAAGAAUCAAAUUAUACGCAUCCCCAUUGUCCGUUUGAUGAUGACUAUCAUAUAUAUUAUAACAUUGAUAAAAAAGAUAUAAGUGCAAUAAUGCAAAGCUCAAUAAAUAAUUAUAAUUGCGCUUUAUCAAAAAAAAUUUUAAUUCAAGGAAAGAUUUUUAUUACACAUGAUAGUAUAUGUUUUAUUCCUCUUUUUAAUGUUCUUUUUUUUAAAAAUUCUAUAUUAAGAAUAAAAUAUGAUGAUAUUUUAUCAAUAGAAAAAUUGAAAGUUCUUCAUUUUAUUCCUAAUUCACUUAAAAUAACUACAAAAUAUAAAUCAUUUAUAUUUAUGUCUUUUGUACGUAGAAACCAUGCAUACAAUUUGAUAGUUGAUAUGAUUAAAGAGAGUAAUAAUACAAGGAAAAUUCCUAAGAGAGGAAUUGUACUUCAUAUGGGAGAAGAUAAAAAUGAAGAUAAUUAUGAUACUAAUUCAAAAGAAAGUGAAGAUGAACAUAAAUCUAAGGAGAAAAUAAAGUGUAUAAAAAAGGAACAACUGUUUUCUACAUUAAAUGAUAGAGAAAGCUAUUUACAUAUAGAUACAAGAAGUGAACAUUUAGAAUUGAAUAUUAGUAUGGAAGAAAAAAAAAUUUUAGAAGAAAAUAAUUACGUAGAUUGUAAAUAUUACAUAAAUAGCUUAUAUGUCAAUAAAAAUUUUAAAAAUAUUUUUUCUAAAAUAUUUUCGAAUUUUAACCUUGAAAAUCCUUUUGUGAAAAUUGCUUUAGAUAAAAAACCAGAAUAUUUAUCUUACGAUCGUUUAGAAAAAUUAGAUGAAAUUUUUGAAACGCAAAAAAGUUUAACAUAUGAAUUAGUAUAUAAUAUAUUAUUGUUUGAUGAAGGUGAAAGAGUUUUCGGUUUACCAAGAAGAUCUGAUGUAAAAGAAACUGUAAGUUUUUUCUUUUUUAAAAAUGUUAUAUCUAUUCAAAAAUCAAAUAUUUUAUUAUGUAACGUACCAUUAGCUGGAUGUUUCCGUACAAUAAUUACAGUAAACAUGCAUAAUUUAGAUGAAGAAAAUAGUUCUACACAAAUUGACUUUUCUUAUGAUAUAAAAUUUUUGAAAGGUACUUUUUUUAAAAAAAAAAUUGAAGCUAAUAGUUUACCAAAAUUAGAAGAAACAGUUAUAAGUUUAAAAGAAUAUACUGAAAAUGCUAUCAAAAAAAGUUUUAAAAAAAUUAAAGUUGAAAAAAUAGAUAUACAUAUGGAAAAUAGAGAAAAAAACUAUGAAAUUAAAAAAACUGAAGUUUCUCUUACAAAUAGUGGUAUUAUUAGUAAAGAUUUUAAAUUGAAGAAAUCAGAUAGACGAUUCAAAUGUUUGAGAAAUCAUUUUAAGUGGUUAGAUUCCCUUUCAUCUUAUAGAUUUGGUAAAAAAAAUAUAUAUAAGUAUAUUACAUAA